AAAUCAUGAAUGGCCUCAAGUUCCCAGCGCGAACGGCGGCGGCGGCGUUGGUGCGUCGAAGCAUCAGUCGCAGCAGCUUUCGGAGCACUCCCUUCUUCCGAGCAUUGUCCUCGUACGGCUAUGCGGAUGUACAGGUCGGCGAUGUCACGAGCGUGAAGCGAAGCACCGUGCACAAAAAGUCAGCGGUGGAAGUGCAGCUGGAAGAAGCCAUCACCCGCGACGACGACGAGUUGGCUCCGACGGGCCUUCUCUUGGCCUUGACGCAGGGUGUGGGGACAGUUUCCGGUCUGCGCGACGCAUCGCUCAACUCUACCGUGCACGUGUUUGACGAAGACCGCCAAGUGGUCGGACAAGGCGUGGUGCUGCAUCUCCAGAAGAAACGCGCGGUCGUCGCGUUCUUUGGCGACGCCAGCCGCAUGUCCCUUGGCAUGGAGGUCGAGCUCAUCGACAACGACCUGACAAUUCCGGUGGGAGGGGACCUGCUAGGCCGUGUCGUGGACCCGUUAGGACAGGCCAUGGACUCUGCGCCGCCGCUCGCGCCGUCCACACCGCGCCUUCCAUGCAUGCGUAGCACGAUUCCUUCCAUGAUGGAUCGAGGCAUGCUCAAGGAACCAUGGACUACGGGCAUCCAAGUGAUUGACUGCUUGCAUCCGCUGGCAUACGGCCAUCGCUUCGGUAUCCUCGGACCUCGAGCCAGCGGCAAGACCAGGCUAACGCUAGAUAUCCUCGCGCAGCAAGUUCUGAAACACAAGCACGACAACAACGCUGCCGCCAUGCCGCGCUUCGUGUAUGUGGCAGUUGGGAAGGCUCCGACGCGCGUCUCUCAGAUCCUGCAAUUGCUCAAGCAGCUCGACAUCCUCCCGUACACGACCGUGGUAGCCGCCGACGACCGCCAGCCGCUGAUCAUGCAGUACCUGGCGCCGUUUGCCGGCUGCCGAAUCGCCGAAUCCUGGCUGCAAGAUGGCGUGACUAAAAAUGCUAUCGUUGUGUACGACGACUUGUCUGCGCAUACCAUGGUGGUGGAACAAUUGAUUCACAUGGUCAAGUUGCCGAAAGCCGCCCGCUUGAGCUUUAGUGGCCACGCCAACCUCAUGGAGCGAUCCACGCAGUUCUCCAAAAAGCGCGGCGGGACCUCCUUGACGUCGCUCGUGCUGGCCGACACGCCCGGCAAGGAAGACGUCGCCAGUGUGUUUCAGGAAGGUCUGAUUUCGAUUGUGGACGACCACGUGCUGUUGGAUUCGAACUUGACCAUGCGACGCGUAUACCCUGCGAUCGAUUGCUUGGCGCCGGGUACGUCGGUGCGCGGCCCGCCAUUCCAACGCGCGGCGCUGUGGAAGUGCAUGCAGCACAUCCGUGCCACCAUCAUCGAAGGCCACACAAUUCAGGAGAAUGUGACGCUGGCCAAAGGCUUUGGCUUUGAUACAGAGCCAGAAGACCAGGAAGUGCUCGAUUCUCGGGUGUUGGUGCAGGAGUUCUUUGUGCAGCGGCCGUUCCAACAACUGGACGAGGACGCGGUGCUCCUUGGGGCGUUCCUUCUGGCCCACCACCAUGUGCUCACUCGGUUGCCGCAAAAAGUAUCUGUAUGGGAUGCAGUUGAUCAUGUGCAAAGUACGCUGCCAGAUGACCUCAAAGCCCGGCUGGCAGGUAAAACACAAACUCGUUGUUAUAUUGGGGUUCGUAGUUGGACUUCGAAUCCUAUGAUGUAGCGCAACCGCGAAAUGAAGGCUGGUCGGACGACUUGAUUGAAGACUUGUAUGGGUUUGUGCUGUCGGCCGUUCGAACGAAGUUUGGCAAGGCCGCUAACUAGACGAGUCGACUUGCCACGUAGCUCUCGUGUAAACCAUGUUACUGGUUCAGGUCCUACUUGCAACUACCAGUUGUCCUUUGAAGUAGUCGGAGACAGAUUCUUCCAAGCUCGACGAUUCCUUGCCUACCACCUUUGGACCUUCAUAGGGCCACCACGACUAACAGAGCGAAGGGGGGGGGGCUUAGGUUAUAUGUGAAUCAAACUUUGCUGCGAAA